AUGUUCACUAGCCCCAUGAUGCUUUUUCAAGCCAACUUUGUGAAUCAUCAUUCAAGAAAACUUCUACUUGAUGCUCCUAUGUACUUACAUGCGUCAACAACUAUGAGAACAGCAGUGGAGGCAAUAGCAGCUUCCCCAGCACCAAGUACAGAUACGGCAAACAAAAGCUUUGAUGCAAAUGUGGUGAUGGUACUAUCAGUGCUUCUCUGUGCUCUCAUUUGUUCUUUAGGGUUAAACUCUAUAAUCAGGUGUGUAUUAAGAUGCUCGAAUUUAGUUCAUUCUGAGUCGAUUACAAGCCAGGAAAGCACGCCAGUUAGGUUAGCCAACACUGGGAUUAAGAAAAAGGCAUUGAAGACUUUCCCAGUUGUUAGCUAUUGGGAAGGGCUGAAAUUACCUGGAUUAGGCAAAGAAUGCGUGAUAUGCUUAAGUGAGUUCAUCGUAGAAGAACAAGUCAAAAUUCUGCCGAAAUGCAACCAUGGAUUCCAUAUUCGAUGCAUCGAUAAGUGGUUGAGUUCGCACUCCUCCUGCCCAACUUGUAGGCACUCCCUCAUAGAAACAUGCGAGAAGAUAUUGUCAGGUGGGGCAUGUAACAGUACAACACCAUUUCAAGGACAAAAUCCAAGUGGUGUCAAUAUUAUAAACAUCGUGCCUUUACAACCUGAGCGAUUUGAACCAAGCUGCCAAGCUGAUGAUGGAGCUAAUACUGCAACAGUUGAUGAUUAUGAACCAUUUAUAGAGGAUUACUCACUUUAUGUUGAUUAUGAUGUUGAGUUUAAUGUUGAAAAUUCAUUUGAAAAACAACCAGAAGUGGAUUAUCUAGAGGGUAUGGUGAGUGAUAAUAGUGGAGAAGCUUUCUACUCUGAGAGUGGCCAUGGUUCUGAGGAUAGUGGAGAUGAUUCUGAUGACAGUGAAUACAAUGUGGAUGAGUCUAACAUACAAUUUGAUGUACAUGUAUACAUGAGUGAAUUUCAUAAUGCUGUUGAUGUAGAUGAACAUGGAAUCUUGAACAAUCAUUCAAAAGAUGAAGGCAUUGACAUGGUUGAUGAUGAGUUGGAAGUUAUUGCCACUGAUGAUUAUCAAUUUGCAGGAUUUCAUGAAGAUAAUAGGAAGAGACUGCUAAAAGAGUUGAGUAAGUCAAGUACAUGCUCACAUGGAGAGGUUCAUGUUAAACCAUUUCAGAUUGGCCAGGUCUUCAAAACCAAGAUUGAUGUUAAAAACUACAUGAACUCACAUGCUGUAGCAACAAGGAGGUCUUUAUACCUAGCCAAAAAUGAAAAAAAUCCAUAUUAG